GAAGAUGGCGGCUCCCUUAACACUAGUGCUGAUUGUUGCUGUAACAAUCAGAGCUGCUUUGUUUAGAUCGAGUUUAGCUGAAGUAAUUUCGGAGAGGGUUGAAGUGGUGUCGCCGUUAAAUGCGUGGAAGCGAGUUGUGGAAGGUCUGGCUCUACUGGACCUGGGCGUGUCGCCCUAUUCAGGAGAUGUCUUCCACGAGACUCCUCUCAUCAUAUACUUCUUCCACUUCAUGGUUGACUAUGCAGAGAUCGUAUACAUAAUUGCAGACUGCAUCACCGCAGUGGCACUGUAUUUGGCAGUACAACACUACAAUAAGAAUGUGUUCAGGAAGCAGAAGUAUGCACUGGAGGCCGAUCAGUACCCACAUGACUGCCUGGAGCUCAUGCGCACGCCAAAGGAGAUGUACUACAUCCCUCUCAAAGUGGCCAUGUUCUAUCUAUGGAGCCCCUUCACCAUCCUCUCAUGUGUGGCAAAGUCGACGUGUGGGCUCAACAACGCCAUCAUCGCACUCUUCAUACUUUGUACCGUAAAAGGAAGUGCCUUGUUGAGUGCCAUAUUUUUGGCCCUGGCCACAUACCAGUCCAUCUACCCUCUCACCUUGUUUGCCCCGGCGCUGCUCUUCCUACUGCAGCGGUUGUACAUCCCAGUGAACCUGCGCAGGACCAGCUUCUGGCUCUACACGGGUCAGUACGCCUUCAUGUACUUCGGGAGCCUGUCGGUCAUCGUCUGCCUCUCCUUCUUCCUGCUCAGCUCCUGGGACUUCAUCCCCUCCGUCUAUGGCUUCAUUCUGUCUGUGCCAGACCUCACUCCAAACAUUGGCCUCUUCUGGUACUUCUUCGCUGAGAUGUUUGAGCACUUUCGGCUUUUCUUCAUCUGCGUGUUCCAGAUCAACGUCUUCUUCUACUCCGUUCCUCUGUCCAUCAAACUGAAGAAUCACCCGGUGUUUCUGAUGUUCAUGCAAAUCGCCAUCAUCUCCAUCUUCAAGUCCUACCCCACGGUGGGGGACAUCGCCCUCUACAUGGCCUUCCUGCCCAUGUGGAACCACCUCUACACAUUCCUGCGUAACAUCUUCCUGGUGUGCUGCGUGCUGCUGGCGUGCUCCGCCCUCUUCCCCGUGCUCUGGCACCUCUGGAUCUACGCCGGCAGCGCCAACUCAAACUUCUACUACGCCAUUACGCUGCUCUUCAACGUGGCACAGAUUCUGCUGGUGUCGGAUUACUUCUAUGCGUACCUGCGACGGGAGCACCACCUGAGCCACGGGCUGUACCUGAAGAGGAAAGAUGGCGGAGAGGCCACCCUGGUCCUGAAGUAGGCCCCAAGGGAGUUUUACUCACACGGACCAAAAUUCUCUGCUGAGAAGAGAAGAUGUCUGCUGCCGGAAUCAUGGCUUGAAGGUGUGCACGCAGGGGGCGGGGCUGCCAUUGUGCCUUGCUCCUCAAAAUAAUGAUCUUCUGGAAUGUUAAGGAAACAUCUUAAUGGCGUAAUUGUUUUUGUUUUCUUUUCUUUUGCAUUUCUUUAUCCUGCUACUGUAAGACUGGAAUCCUAUCCUGGCAAGGCAGCUGCAGUUCCCCACGUUUUUCGCUAGAGGGAGCUAUGUGUAUGCGGAAAUGACACAGUAUUAGCAGCGGAGGACGUGAGAAAUGUGUGCCACAUACCUGGACUGUGGCGCUGUGGCGCAUACUUGCUCUCUGAUGUUUUCUGUGUCUCUUCCAGACAUCACACCCUGCCAAACUGAAUGGAAUUUUGUGGCCUACAUUUUUUGAGGGGCCUGUUUUGAAUAGGAGAUGAGACGUAUGCAUGUAUCUAUACGUUAACACAGCCACUAUAUUGGGAAUUGGAAAAUGUUAGCUCGCAUAGCACUAGAUUUAUCUGCACAAAUGUUUAAUUUUCCCUAAAUUAUUGUAACAUCCUGAUUAUAACCCCUUUCCCCCUCCAUGUUUAAGGUAUUGCUGCCUGAAUGUUUUCUGCCUUAUAAUAAUUGUUGAGCAUCUGGGAAACUCAUUUUAUGUUCCUUUCAUGUCUUACUGAAUGCACUGAUUUGUUUGUUUUGGGUUUUUUUGCUCUCAAAAGUAAAGAAAAAUAUGUACACCAGAACUGUUUCGGAAGAAUAGAUCUAUGGGCUAUGGAGUGUGGUGGUAAAGUUCUGGAAUCACAACAGCCAAGACGGAAUGUGGAGCGCCGCCACACCAGGUGCUGUUGCCGUCUUUAGCCCAGUGACCUCAUGACGCCAAUUAAGAGAUGAGUCUGACUGCCGCCACGCGCCGCGCUCAAGCCCUCCACCAGUGGAGCGGCUCGUUUGUGUUGGGUUUUUUCCACCCUCCAACUCCGGCACCUGGUUUAUGUCCCCUGACAAUACGGGAACGAGAUUGUGUUGGGAAAGAGGAGGAGGAGGAGGAGGAGCGGGUAGUUACAAUGGAAGUACAUAAUCAGAGUCUCUAUUUAUGUCAUCCAUCUAUCUACUAGGCUACUACAAGGUUGGGGCCAUUCUUCCAAAGUGCAGUUUACAAGGUCAUAAAAAUGCCAAAGCUCUCUUGUUGAUAAACACGAGAUGAGAUGAGGGGAGUGGAUGGUGGCCAAGUAGGGUGAGAUACUUGAUAUGCUGUAAGCUAUUUGGAUGCUAAUGCCUGAGGCAACGUGUGAACGGGAUGUGCUGUAACGGUCGUUAAAUGGUCUUUCCACGACUUUAUCCCCAUUUUGACAAUACACAGCAAAAAAAGAAAAAAGAAAAAAAAGUUCCUUCAACAAUCUCCAGUUUUCCACCGCUGUGGAAGAAACCCCGAAAAGUUUUCUGAGGAAUCCAUAUUUGACAAAUUGGUUCUUGGGAGAACCCUAAAGGUUUUAUUUUAAGGUUCCUCAGAGAGAACCCAGGAAGCCAAAGCUUCUGUGAGGAACCUUCGAUUGCCAUCGUGGAAGAACUCCCAACGAUUCCGCGUUGGGUUUUUUCCCAGAACUGUUUUGGAUUCCUCCGAGAACUUUUGCCACCCAACUUUUCUGGAGGUCCUUGGAGGACCUUUCAGGUGUCACUGUAGCAGCGUUCUGUCAGCCUGGCCCAAUAACAUCAGGGCUGUGUUGUGGCUGCGCUGGUAAAGUUUUUUCUGUAACUGGGUCAAAUACGUCUGUCAUUCAGUGUUACGGACACCUUCCGCCGACUGUAACUGCAAAAAAACAUGAUUUUUAAAUUGUUUCAAGUGAAUAGAUGACAGCCGAGGCUUUCAUGAAUUCCCUGUAACAAUAAAUUAAAAAAAAAGGGUCAUGUUUUUUACAGUUACAGUCAGCAGAAGGUAUUCGUUACACUGAAUGACAAUGCCAUUUUACACGUCUUUGACCCAACUGCUGUAUGACCUGUAUGUAGCUAAAGAUACUUUUGAAGUGCUGUGGGCUGAACACAACUUGAUAACAGCACUUGGCUUUACCUGGUGGUUGAAUGUUUUACUGUAUUUAUUUGUCUGUCUUUCUGCUUGUUUUACUUUGUGAGUAUGUCAUUUGUUCAUGGAUGCAUGUGUGUGUGACUGACCUGUUUUUGUUGUUGUUGUUUUUUUGUUUUUGCACAACAAUGGUGUUUGGUUUAUAAUUAUCGCUCUGUUAUUAAUCAGGCAUUGUAGAGAAUGGACUUUGGCAACAUUAUAAAAAAUGACCUUUCUUAAUCUUGCCCUAUUUUAUUCUGUUACACACUGUAGUCUAAAAAUGGUGUCUGGUGCAACACAUGCCCUCAGCAUUUUUCAACACUCAUGCGCGGGGGAGCACACAUGAAGGGCUGCCUUUUGUGGGAGAAAAAAAAAAGUAUUUUAUUACUGACACCGUCAUUUUGGUUGAGGUGGAGGUUGAACAUCUCUCUGUGGAUACUUAAACAACAUGCUUUGUAAUACAUGUAAAAAAAAAAAAAAUCUCUUAUAAAAGUGUGUUCCUUAAUAAUGUGUUGGCUGAUGGGUCCUUUUUCACAGUGCAGGGGUUUGGAAGGAAUAAUUGUGAACUUGUACCAUUUGGGACACUGAUUUUUACCAGUGUCAUCAUGACUGUCAAAUAAAUUAUUAAUCAGUAAUGGUCUACUUUGAUCUGUGAAAAUUACCUUUGGGAAGCAGCCAACAAUGAGUGAGGUUGUAUUUUUGUUGUUUUCCCAAACGUGUUAUCUAAGGACAACAAAACAUAGUAGCAUACAGCACAAUGACAUUUGACAGACACAGGAAGGAAUGCCAAAGCGGUUUC